AUGUGGGGCACCACGAGAGGGAUUUUGAGGCAGGCGUGGCUACCAGGCCUGCCGUGGUCGGUGAGUGUAUCGGGUACUUUACAGGGGUGCUUAGUCCAUGCCCGUGCCCGAGAGUUCCACUUAGGGAAGCGGACCCGGGCGCCCUCGCUUGGCCGGCCCAGGUGUGUCGGGUGCUAUGGCGACAGCGCCGCACUGGCCCCCUCCUUCCCGUCCGCCCGGGAGGCGUGGGGCGGCGUGUGGCAGAGUCCGGUGGACAGCCGCGCGGUGCGGAGCUUCAGCCCGGACCCCCAGGGGAGAGAGCCUCACCCCGCAGGGUUGGAACCUGCGAGCGCCCCUGCCCGCCUCUGCCUGGCCGCGUCCCGACCCCGACCCGCCGAGCGCAGAGGCAGGGGCGCGGGGCUGUGCAACCGAGGCUUGGAGACACCCCUCUGCCCUGCCCACCCUAAGUACAAUCGUCUCUCCUACAUGUUUGAUAUUUCCUAUAUUAUAAUAAAGAAGUUUGAAGGCAAGCCCUCCCAGCCUCCCAAUGGCAGCUGGCUCUUAAAUCAGAAUGGGAGUAAUGCUGAGGCCACCCUGGCUGUGAACCUCACCUUCUCUUCCUACUACCAGCACUCCUCACCCGUGGCAGCCAUGUUCAUUGUGGCCUAUGGGGUCAUCUUCCUGCUGUGCAUGGUGGGCAACACACUGGUCUGCUUCACUGUGCUCAGGAACCGGCACAUGCGCACUGUCACCAACAUGUUCAUCCUCAACCUGGCUGUCAGCGACCUGCUGGUGGGCAUCUUCUGCAUGCCCACCACCCUUGUGGACAACCUCAUCACUGGGUGGCCCUUUGACAAUGCCACGUGCAAGAUGAGCGGCUUGGUGCAGGGCAUGUCUGUGUCUGCUUCUGUGUUCACACUGGUGGCCAUCGCUGUGGAAAGGUUCCGCUGCAUCGUGCACCCUUUCCGCGAGAAGUUGACCUUGCGGAAGGCGCUGCUCACCAUCGCGGUCAUCUGGGCCCUGGCGCUGCUCAUCCUGUGUCCAUCGGCUGUCACGCUGACCGUCACACGCGAGGAGCACCACUUCCUAGUGGACGCCCGCAACCGCUCCUACCCACUCUACUCGUGCUGGGAGGCCUGGCCGGAGCAGGGCAUGCGCAAGGUCUACACCGCGGUGCUCUUCACGCACAUCUACCUGGCGCCGCUCGCGCUCAUGGUGGUCAUGUACGCCCGCAUCGCGCGCAAGCUCUGCAAGGCCGCGGGCCCCGCGCGCGACGGCGACGAGGCGGUGGCGGAGGGCGGGCGCGCGGCGCGGCGCAAGGUGCGGGUGGUGCACAUGCUGGUCAUGGUGGCGCUGUUCUUCACGCUGUCCUGGCUGCCCCUCUGGGCGCUGCUGCUGAUGAUCGACUACGGGCAGCUCAGCGAGCCGCAGCUGCACCUGGUGACCGUCUACGCCUUCCCCUUCGCGCACUGGCUGGCCUUCUUCAACAGCAGCGCCAAUCCCAUCAUCUAUGGCUACUUCAACGAGAACUUCCGCCGCGGCUUCCAGGCAGCCUUCCGCGCCCAGCUCUGCCCGCCGCAGUGGGGCGGCCACAAGCAGGCCUACUCUGAGCGGCCCGGCAGGCUCCUGCGCAGGCGGGUCCUGGUGGACGUGCAGCCCAGCGACUCCGGCCUGCCAUCUGAGUCCGGGCCCAGCAGCGGAGCUCCCAGGCCGGGUCGCCUCCCCCUGCGGAAUGGGCGCGUGGCCCACAAGGAUGAGCCCCCGGAGGGGCCUGGCUGCUCCCAUCUGCCUCUCACCAUCCCAGCCUGGAACAUCUGA